GUUGGUUGCAGCCAAUUCGGUCAAGUUUUAACUAUCUGCGCGGAUAACCGGCGGCCAAACAUCUUCUUCCGAGUCUGAGAUUUUGAAGUGCGUUGCGGGCCCUCUGUCGUUCAACACCGCGCCCCGACUUGAACGAAAAGACAUUCCCUGGACAGCGUCAAGAUGUUGGCCCUCCGCUCGAUUGCUGCGCCUAUGCAGCGCCAAUGCUGGCGUGCAGCUCCCCGCGCCGCCGUUUCUCUCUCGCUGCAGAGUCGGAGACUGUACUCGUCGCAAGACGCCGUUGCCAAGUUCAAUGGCCAGAAGGACGCCCAGGGUCGCUACACCGUCAGCUUGAUCGAGGGUGAUGGUAUUGGCCCCGAGAUUGCCGUUGCCGUCAAGGACAUCUUCGCCGCCGCCAAGACUCCUAUUACCUGGGAGCCCAUCAACGUCGACCCUAUCAUCAAGGACGGCAAGACGGCCAUCCCGGAUGCUGCCAUUGAGAGCAUCAGGAAAAACAAGAUCGCCCUGAAGGGCCCUCUCGCCACUCCCAUUGGCAAGGGCCACGUCUCCCUCAACCUCACUCUCCGUCGGACGUUCAACCUCUUCGCCAACCUACGGCCCUGCCGGUCGGUUGCCGGAUACAAGACGCCGUACGACAAUGUUGACACCGUCCUGAUCCGCGAGAACACCGAGGGCGAGUACUCGGGCAUUGAGCACGUUGUGGUGGACGGCGUUGUGCAGAGCAUCAAGCUCAUCACGCGCGAGGCCAGCGAGCGUGUCCUGCGGUUUGCCUUCCAGCAUGCCCGGGCUAUCGGCCGCAAGAAGGUCCGCGUCGUGCACAAGGCCACCAUCAUGAAGAUGAGCGACGGCCUUUUCCUCACCGUCGGCAACCAGGUCGCCAAGGAGUUCCCGGAUAUCGAGUUUGACGCCGAGCUGCUCGACAACACCUGCCUGAAAAUGACGACGGACCCGACCCCCUACAACGAUAAGGUCCUGGUCAUGCCCAACCUCUACGGCGAUAUUCUGUCCGACAUGUGCGCCGGUCUCAUUGGCGGCCUGGGCCUGACGCCCUCCGGCAACAUUGGCGAUGAGUGCUCCAUUUUCGAGGCCGUCCACGGUUCUGCCCCUGACAUCGCCGGCAAGGGGCUCGCCAACCCCACCGCCCUGCUGCUCAGCUCCGUCAUGAUGCUGAGGCACAUGGGCCUGAACGAGUACGCCGACCGCAUCGAGAAGGCGGCGUUCGACACGCUGGCCGAGGGCAAGGCCCUGACUGGCGACCUGGGCGGAAAGGCGAAGACGAGCGAGUUCGCGGCGGCCAUCAUCGAGAAGCUAUGAUAUCCCCAUGUAUAGACUGUACAAUACUGCGGCCAAAUUUCGAUAGCAUCUUGGCUGGUUGUUGGCAAUGACGAUCGUAAUGACUCUCUUUACCCCCAAGCUGUGGGCAGCAAGUUUUAUCUGUCGUUUGAUAUGGCCCGUCAGUUUUGAUCACGCAUUACUUUGAGUAGAAGAGCCAGCGAAGACGGUCGACCAUGGGCUGCAUUGUAGAGACGCGGCUGUAGACGGCUCAUUAGAUAGAUGGUAUGGCUAGGAUCAAACCGUUUACAUCCCACCAACCUGCAGAGGCGGGCUGAACACACACACACACACACACAAAAAAAAAAAAAAAAAAAA